CAAAAGAAUUAAAAAAACCGGAGGUGUAUUUUUGAAAUUUCAUGGUGGUGGGAGGAAGAUGGACUACAGUCUAGCAGCACUGAAACUACUGUGCUCACAGCUAAAGGAUGCCAAAGAAACCACCACCCAAAAAUCCAACACUGCUUUCACUCUUGAAGGCAUUCUCUUUCAACGCGCAUGGCUCCAGGGUAUUCUGGUUUCAACUCGUAACGCUGAUCCCUCCGGCCGAUUUCUCCUCGACGAUGGCACUGGGGUCAUUGAACUCCUACUCUCCGGCGACUUUCUCAAUCUUUCUUUGGAAGUAGGAAUGUAUAUUAUGGUUGUUGGAGGGUAUUUUGUCCGUAAAGGCGGCCUCCCCUUUAUUAAGGAGGAAGCUGAAACAGCGUCAAAUGUAGUGCAUUUGGUCCACAAAAUUGUUGAUCUUUCUCCAUUUCCUGAUCGAGAAGCAAUGUGGUACCUAGAAGUGGUUGAGGCAUACAAACUCUUCUACCAACUACCUACAUUUGAAGACUAAUUGAAGAGUGAAAAGGCAGCAGGAAAAAGAAGAACUGAGGUAGCUGUAAGGUGAUAUAUAAGCUUGUAUGACGCUACCAAAUGGAGUUCUAGUCUGUCAAAAUUUUGUUAUAUGUACCUCAUCUGGAUUUUUUAAAAUUAAAUUAACUUAAUAUGUUAGUAAUUUUGUGGCAACAGUAAUGCUAUUGUCUUGUGUCCAAUUUUUAUGUUGAUA